AUGAAGGCCGCCACCUUGCUUGGAGCCGCCCUUGCGGCAGCCACUGUCCACGCUGGUGUGCGCUGCCGGGGCACUGGCCUUUCCCAGCCGCAGGAGCUGACCGAUCUCAUCGAAGAAGCCAAGUCUCGGGUUAUCCAGGACUUGACCGAGCAGGAGAAUAAGCUCCGGGAGGCCGGCGAGACACCCCGUUGCACCGUCGACAAGCUUGUUUUCCGUCGGGAAUAUGGCCAACUGUCCAAACAGGACCGCCUCGCCUAUGUCAACGCCGUCAAGUGCCUGCAGAGCAAGCCGCCGCGCACGCCCGAGAGCGUGGCGCCGGGGGCCAAGUCACGGUUCGACGACUUCGUCGUGACGCACAUCCAGCAGACGCUUGCCAUCCACUACUCGGGCGUCUUCCAGCCGUGGCACCGCUGGUUCGUGCACCAGUACGAGAAGGCCCUGCGCGACGAGUGCGGCUACACGGGCUACCAGCCGUACUGGGACUGGGCCAAGUACGCGAACGCGCCGCAGAACUCGCCGCUCUUCAACGGCGACCCCACCAGCCUGGGCGGCAACGGCGAGUACAUCCCGCACGACGGGCCCGUCAUCGUGCCGCCUGCCGGCGUCGGCGGCGGCAACAUCUCGCUCCCUGCUGGCGAAGGCGGCGGGCUGGUCAAGACGGGCCCCUUCGCGGACAUGGUGGUCAACCUUGGUCCUGUGGGCGGCCUCGCGGACACGGCGCCGGGCCCCAUGGGCGGGCUGGGCCAUAACCCGCGCGGGCUCAAGCGCGACCUGGGCGGGGCCAUGAACAUGCGCUACGCCAACUACUCGACGGUGCUGCAGCUGCUGACGCGGCCCGACGUCGACCAGUUCCGUAUCGUCUCCGAGGGCGUCCCCUACACGAUCGAGAUCGGGCCCCACGGUGGUAUUCAUUACACUAUCGGCGGCGACCCGGGUGGCGAUCUGUUUACCUCCCCUGGUGACCCGGCUUUUUGGGUGCAUCACGGCCAGAUGGACCGCGUUUGGACCAUGUGGCAGGCUUUGGGCGCCGGGCCUGCGCGUUACACGGAUCUUGGGUCUGGGUCUUAUGCUCAUCGGACGUGGGGGAAUGAACCACCGUCGGAUCUGGCUGAGUUGGGGGAUGUUAUUGAUAUGGGGUUGCUCACGCUGUUACGGGGUGGGGGCCCUAUAUGUCGGUGUCCAGGCCGCGGCAGCCUUGGUCGACGUGCGCGGGGGAUAUUCUCGUCGAGCAGGCGCCAGGCGGCUUUGCCGGACCCGUCCUUGUCAAGGGCUAGCUUGAGAUCGCUCAAGUUUGCAGUACGCUCUACUCGUUGUCGCACCAGGCGGCUCAGUCAUCAACUUCUCGCUUGCCACCGCUGUCCACCGCUGUCCAUCGCGGUUCAACGUUGGGCCCACCGAUUCGACUGCAUACGGGCUGAGGUAUUAGGCGCUAAUGAGGCCUUUUCUCUUUGGGCUAUAAUGGUUCGAGAGUCGCCCCCGGAUGCUCGUAUCCCGGCUCGAGGGUGGCUGACUAGAUCCAACUACAAGGUCCCCAAUGCGGAAUGCGAGCCCAGAGCAUGUCCUCUUCACAAGUUCAACCUCACCAUCGCCGAGUUCAACUUCACAACCCACUCCAAGUCUCCAACCACACCAAUUCACACAGCUUCCUGGAUUCCUCGAAUCUCGCCCACCAUCAACAUGAAGUAUCUUACCGCCAUCACCACCCUUUUCGCCGCUGGCGCCCUUGGCACCGCGAUCCCUGCCGCACCCUCCAACGGCUACGACCUGAACCUCAAACUGGUCACGGAGGGCAAGGACCAAUACUGGCUCCUGACGGACGACAACCUGCCCGCGGGCCUCCCUGCGGCGCCCGGCCCUCUCGCGAGCCGCUCCGCCAACCAAGGCCUGCAGGCGCGCGACAGCCCGGCGUGCUCGGGCAGCCACCAGGCGAGCACGGGAGAUUGUUACAACCUGCUCGUGGCGCUCGGCAGCGACCAGAACGGAAUCCCGCAAUCGCCGCGCAACAUCCGCUACAACAACUGCUACGUCAGCUGGUCCAAUAUUCCGCUCGGCGGUGUCCGUGCGGAGCUGUAUAGCCCCGGGGUCGACAUCUACAACUCGUGCAGCUCCAACGGCAAGGUCUCUGGCCUGAAGAGAAACGUCAGGGUCGGGGGCAGCCUCUUGACCGUGUGCCUGUCUGAUCGGGCUGAUGGCUGCCACUAA